AUGAUGGCCCUAGUGAAUGAAACUGACUACAGCCUCGAGUACUUUUUCUUGAAAGGGGUCCCAGGUCUGGAACACGCUCAUCUCUGGAUCUCCUUCCCAUUUUUCUCUAUGUAUUUCAUUGGCAUGUUGGGGAACUGUGGACUUCUCUACAUCAUCUGGGCUGAGGAGGCCCUUCACAGGCCCAUGUACUUCUUCCUCUGCAUGUUGUCUGUCACGGACAUAGUCAUGGGAACCUCUACCAUGCCAAAAGCAUUCUGCAUUUUUUGGCUAAACCUGGGGGAGAUCAGCUUCGGGGCCUGCCUGGUCCAGAUGUACAUUGUUCACACCUUCACAGGGAUGGAAUCCGGAGUCCUCAUGCUCAUGGCUUUGGACCGCUUUGUAGCUAUCUGUUAUCCAUUGAGGUAUGCUACUAUCUUGACCCACCCAGUCAUUCUUAAGGUAGGAGUCAUCACCUUCCUCAGAGGAGCAGUUCUCAUCCUCCCCUUUCCUUUUCUAGUCAGGAAAAUGAUAUAUUGCAACAGCAGAGCUAUUGCUCACACCUAUUGUGACCACAUGGCAGUGGUAAAGCUGGCUUGCAGCAACAUCCGAGUUGAUGCUAUCUAUGGCCUGACAGUUGCCAUGUUGAUUGGGGGCUUCGAUAUCUCCUGCAUUACAAUGUCUUACUUCAUGAUCCUGAAGGCAGUUGUGGGCCUUUCCUCCCCGGAACAAAGGAGCAAGGCAUUUGGCACUUGCACUGCUCACCUCUGUGCCAUUGCUAUCUCGUAUACACCAGCCUUCUUCACAUUCUUUGCACACCGUUUUGGUGGCCAUCACAUCACUCCUCAUGUUCACAUCAUUAUGGCCAAUCUUUACCUCCUUCUGCCUCCCAUGAUGAACCCCAUUGUUUAUGGAGUGAAGACGAAAGAGAUCCGUGAAAGUGUCCUGAGGUUGUUCCAUAAGGAAAAAAAUAUGGCAGCCCCGAACCAUUGA